ACAAAAUGGUGUCGAACGAGUUCAUGUUUACAAUAUGUUAUAUAGUUGUUUCUUUGUGCUUUAUUGCGCCACCAAAAGAGUUUGUAAGCGCAGGAUUAACAGUACAGAAUAUGUUAUCAAGCUAUCUUGGAAGUGAGGAGAUAGACUUUACUGGAUUUCACUUACGAAGGACAACCGCUACCGUUGUUCUUCAUUCACUUUUGCCCCUUGGUUAUUACGUUGGACUUGGAUUGGUCUCCUUUUAUAAUGAAUAUGACAACAAAAACUUGUACAUGUUAGAACCUGGUAAAGCAACCCUUGCUGUGAACUGCUUUCUGUUGCUGUGUAUUGGCAUCGCUAUCAGUGGAUUUGUUAUAGCGAGAUAUUGGUCAUGGAACAAAUGGGCAAACCACCCCUUUGCCAAAGUUCUUGCCAAACAUGGUGAACCUUGGAGAGCAGCUGCUUCAUCAAUAAACAUUGAAUUCAGGAGAGUCAGUAAAUUCUGCUCAAUUAUCGGUGGAACAAGCCUUUACAUUACAGACUCUUGGAUUGUUAAGUGUACUACUUAUAAAGUGCAUGUUGCUCACAAACCAGAUGUGCACUUGUCUAUCAUUGCUACAGAAGACCAUGCUAUUUCACAUGAAAGCAAUAUGGCUGUCCAGUUUUUAAACAUUCAAGUAGCCAGCAUUAAUCCAGCAGUUAAGCCUUUCAUCAUAAGAUUAAUUUCCAGUGAUUAUGGGGAGUUGAGGGAGAAGAUACAAGCACCAAUAAGGAAUGCUCGAAACAUCAUCAUACACCAGUCAUUAACUGAUCGCUUCCUUGAAGCUUUUAGAUAUCAAGUGCAGCAAAAUGAAAGAUAUCUAAUCAGAGAUAAUGAGGAACCAGAGCCUUGUAUUGGAUGCAUGCAACAACAAGCUAACAUCAAGCUACAAAAACUUUGUGCUAAUGCAGAGGAGGGGGACUGUGUGUCAUGCUUCUGUCGACCUAUGUGGUGUUUAGAAUGCAUGGGAAAAUGGUUUGCUAGUCGGCAGGACCAGACCAGACCUGAUACCUGGAUGUCAUGUCGAUCUCCGUGCCCAACUUGCAGAUCUCCAUUCUGCAUGCUUGAUGUUUGUUUGAUUUCAAAACAUUAAAAGUACUGAAUAACAGAGAAAUUUAUUAACUUCACUCAGGGAAAAGGGAACAUUAAACAACAUUUAAUAUUAUAUUAUAUUUGAAAAUCUAUUUUGAAGUGAUAAAUUACAGGUCCUGUUUA